AUGCGUAAUAACGAUUUUGACUAUGGCGAUACAUUUCUCCUACUACAAGAGGUUGAACCGCCUGUGACACAUGAUUCACAUCGCGAUUGGUCAUUCUAUUUGCUCUCCAGUGAAAGUGAGCGGUUUGAUAAUAGGAUCAAGUUAGAUUUGCCAUUUUCAAUUGACGAUUAUGGCAGUGGUAUUUUUAUUUUAGGUUUCGUUAGUGUUAAUGGUAUUAUGUGUCUUUGCCUAAAUAAUUCAUAUAACGUCCGAAUUGUAUUAUGGAACCCGACUACUGUCGAAUUUGUUACCAUUCCUCCUAGCCCUGAAGAGUGUGUACCACCUUACCGGAGCGCUUAUUUUGAAUUUCUUAGAUUUAGUUAUGACCAUGUUAGAGAUGACUAUAAAGUCAUUCGAUAUGUAACGUUUUUCGCCAACACUGACGACGAAGAAGAUGUGCCAUUGAAAGAUAGAUCAUUUGACCCCGUGUUGGAGAUUUACAAUGUUAGUAGUAACUCUUGA